AAAAAAAAUAUAGGAUACAUAACUGGUUCGGAAGAAGGUUGGGGAUGAAAUCGAAGCAAAAAUUUAGUUACUUUAAUUAUAUUAUAUAUAGAGGAUGAUGUAAAUUCGAUUAUGAAGAUUAACCCAGACCUUACAUAUUUGUUUUGAGCUUAUUGUCAAUGAUAUGACAAGUAAGACUACCAAAUCAUUGGAUGCGAUUAUUUUUUUUAUAGAUUUUUAUGAAGGAUAUAUGAGUCACGAUUUUCUAUAAAACAAUCAAUUGAUUCGAGAGAGUGUCUUUCACCGAUAGAGAAAAUAUUGAAAAAAAUUCGAAACGAAUCAUCAGGAUGGAUAUAAUAGAAUCAAAAUCUUCGGAGAUGCUCAUUUUCAUUGUCAACUUUAGAGAAAUAGUAACUUUAAGGAUAUAAAUAUGAAUCAAUUUAUUUAUAUACUUCUUCUUACUAUUUUUUUUCUGCAUCAAAAUGUUUAUGGAGAGCAUGAAGAACAGCACUUUGAACAUGGAGAUGGUUCUAAACAUGAAUUAGAACAUCAUAAAUCUAAAGGAGAAAAAGGGGAUGAGGGAUAUGAAAAACAUGGAGAGUCAGAUGAAGGAGAAAAAGGACAUCAUCAUAAAAAAGAUCACGAAGAAAAACAUCAUGUGUCUAGUGGAGAAGAAGGUAAAAAGCAUCACGACGAUGAAUAUUAUGCUGAACAUCAUGAAGGAGAAGAGAAGGAAAAAAAAGGAGAAUUUGAUGAAUCUGGAAAACAUCAAAAGGGUCAUUCUACCAAAGGAGAACAUAAUAUUUAUAAAAAAGAUGAGUAUGAGAAGAAACAUGAUUUCUAUGAUGAAUUUCAUGAUGAAAGUAGUCAUGAAGAAGAUGCAGGAUAUCAUCAUGGACAUAAAGGAAAAAAAGGAGGACAUAAGAAGAAGGGUCAUCAUGAUUCCGGUCAUCAUGAGGAUCAUCAUGGUAAAAAACAUAAACAUCACGCAGACCACCAUCAUCAUCACGAUGAAGAUCAUAAAUCUGGUGAAGAUCAUCAUCAUCAUCAUAAAUCUCAUCACAAGCAUGGCAAAAAAGGCCACAGAGGCCAUGGAAAGAAAUGGGCUCAUCAUGGCAAACAUUGAGUUUUAUAAAAUUUCAAUUA